GAAAUAAUGAAUUGUCUUUGGUAAGUGGUAACAGCUUGAGUCUUGACAAUCAUGGCGAGCACGUCGAGAAUCGAGGCGAAUAAGGUGGUGUGUUAUGCUCACCCAGAUGCUCCGCUUAUUGAGGAUUAUCGAGCGGGUGACAUGAUAUGCUCUGAAUGCGGUCUCGUCGUUGGUGACAGAGUUAUAGAUGUGGGUUCAGAAUGGCGUACAUUCAGCAACGAAAAAUCAGGUGUUGAUCCAUCUCGUGUUGGUGGGCCUGAAAAUCCACUUCUUUCUGGGGGUGAUUUGUCUACGAUAAUUGGUCCUGGCCGGGGCGAUGCUUCAUUUGACAGUUUUGGAGUGUCAAAGUAUCAAAACAGAAGGAACAUUAGCAGUACUGACAGAGCAUUGAUAAAUGCCUUUAGAGAAAUAAAUACUAUGGCGGAUCGGAUAAACUUGCCAAAGACUAUUGUUGACAGAGCAAAUAACUUGUUUAAACAGGUACAUGACGGUAAAAACUUGAAAGGCAGAGCAAAUGAUGCAAUAGCAUCUGCUUGCCUCUAUAUAGCAUGUCGGCAAGAGGGAGUGCCUCGUACAUUCAAGGAAAUAUGUGCAGUCAGCAAAAUCAGCAAAAAAGAAAUUGGGCGAUGCUUCAAAUUGAUAUUGAAGGCGCUAGAGACGUCUGUGGAUCUUAUUACAACAGCCGAUUUCAUGUCUCGUUUCUGUUCCAACCUUGGACUACCAAACUCUGUUCAACGAGCGGCCACACAUAUUGCGAGGAAAGCUGGGGAACUGGAUAUUGUGUCUGGAAGAAGUCCUAUAUCUGUGGCUGCUGCUGCAAUUUAUAUGGCGUCACAGGCAUCUGAAGAUAAGCGCAGCCAAAAAGAAAUCGGUGACAUAGCUGGUGUAGCAGACGUAACAAUAAGACAGUCUUACAAACUUAUGUAUCCUUACGCAAGUAAAUUAUUCCCAGAUGACUUCAAAUUCGCAACACCAAUUGAAUUCCUUCCGCAAAUGUAAUUUUGAAAAAGGUUUGUCGAUGUCUGAAAUUUAUUCCGCAUUUCUAUAUUUAGAAUGCAGUUUUUAAAUGUACCUUAUUGUCUUUGGAGAAUUCAAGUGCGCACAGAAAACAGCAUGAAAGCAUGAAAAUACCAUAAAUUAUAUCGAGAAUGUGACAGCUGUCAUAUUUAUUCAUAGACUACACAACAAUCAUUGAGUAAGAUUGUUCCAGUACGUUUAAUUCUCGUUAAUUGUAUUGGCGUUGCAUUAAGGUUUACAUAACAUGUAGAUAAAAGUAAUCUUGGUGAUAAUUACCCUCUUUUUAUAUAUAUGGAAAAUGUGAACCAACUAAUUCUGGUGUAUUGAACUAAUAUUAUUUAUUAUAAGGAAAAUGUAAAAUGCUUUAAAAAAUUGAAACAAAUAACAUAAUAAACCUUUAAUUUACGCAAAUAUAAUUUAAAACACUGGAUUAAAACUGAAAUUAAAAUAAUAAGUUUUAAUCCCGAUUUAUUAAUUAAAUACAAAAUAUAAAAUAAACAGGAAUAAUAUUACUUUAACAUGUUUUAGUUAUUCUAUCUCAUUAAUUCUUUACUUGACGUGAAUAAGUCAAGACAACUCUAAAUGAACAAAAUAUGGAAAAUUCCUAUUCUAUAGCUAGUUCCUAAUCAUGGCUCACUAUUUACACAAAAGUUGUAAAAUUCCAUUCUAUAUAUUUUUAUUUAAAAGUCGACUUAUCAACUCAUUUACGCCGGCCAUGAAAUUCCCAUAACAAAGUAAAUUGAGUAAUAAUUAUUUAAAAUUCCAUUUUUGGGAAUACUAAGUUGAUUUUCGGGAUAAAAUAUACUAUUUAUUUGUUAAACUAUAAAUGGUGUUUCAUCUAACUAUUUUAAAUAUUUAAUUAAGUCUCAAAUUAUGAUGACUGGUAAUAUCGUAAAGCAUGUAAGUAUUACUCUUGUUGUACUAAGAAUAUUGUGAAUUUAUAAGUUUAUGCACAAGACAUACAUAAAAAAUUCUAAUUUUAUGUUAACUUCCCUGAAAAUUUGAC